AUGAAGUCUAUUAAUAGAGUCUUUAAAAAGUAUUUAGAUCAGAAUACUUUAUUAAAAAAAUUAGGUAAAAUAAUUGAACAAGAAUUAGAAAAUAAAUUACAAUAUACUAGGAUCAAGGAUUAUUAUAAAUUAAAUUUAUUAUCUGACCUUUCAUUAACUUAUUCUAUAAUUUUUAAAGAUAUAAUUCUAAUUUUUAAUGUUUAUACAGAAACUGUUAGAGAAAUUGUCAAUAAAAAGAUCCAAUUUGGUACUACAAUGUCAGUAGCAAAAAAUGGUAUACAAAUUGCAGUGUUAGCUAAAUUAAUUGAAAUUCUUAUACAAUUUAUUAUGAAGUAUCAGAACAAUACUGGUUUGGAUAUAAAAGAAAUACAUCAUGAAAUUAGGAAAAAAUUGCAAAAUCAUGAACGAAAUGUACAUAAAAAUAAUAAACUUAUUCCAUACCGUCAUAUACUUCAUCAACCUUCUAAUGAAACAAUGUCAUUUUAUCGAGACGCAAUAAUAAUUCGUUUAAAAAAUAGUCUUGGAUUUAACAGACAUUCAGUUGGAAAAAAACAUAUAACAAUUGACGCAUUUCCAGAGAAUAAAAUAUUUAAAUAUGACCAAAUAAUAUUUCGUGAAAAUAUUAAUACUUCAACUCGAGGGUAUAUAUUAUUUGAGAAUAAUGAUGGUCAAUAUAAAGCAAUAUUUAAUUGGAAACAAAAAGAAUUAAAAGAAAAUACAAGAAAUUUUUUGUCUGGAAUUUUGACAAUUAACUUUAUUGCUGACUCUGGUGAAUUCAUAAAUGAUCAAGAAAAUUAUGUAGUGCCACUUCAACCACUUCAACCGCCAUCAUCUAAUGAUGAUCAUAUUUUACAUAUAAUAUAUUCCAAUCCACCUUAUAACGCAUCUAACAAUAAACUUUCAUCAAAUAAUAAAUCAACAACCUUUACCAAACCACAAUAUAGAUAUAUUUUACCACAUUCCCUUUUAUCAAAUACAAAUAAUUCUUAA